GAAGUGAUAGUGUGCACGUGGAAAUGUCUCUCAGAAACUGCGUCCACUGAGUUCUUAUUUGUUUAGGUUGAUGUUUGUGGUGUUGAUGGUCUUCACUGAAUGUUUUUCACUGUGAAAUAUUGGUUCAUUACUGAAUCAUCCGAUCAGUCAGGGUGUGCAAAUGGCGGACUCGGAUGUGGACAGUGAUUUAGAUUGCAGAAUAACUGAAGGAGAUUAUGUGGUUUUGAAAAGAGGAGAUGUCUACAAGUCCGUGCAGGUGGAGACAAAAAAGAAGAUCGUUUUUGAGAAACAGUGGAUGUUUUUGGAUGCUGUUAUUGGGGAACUGUACGGCUCCACUUUUGAAGUGGACGCUGGAGGAAAACUCCGUCUACGAAAGCCAACGAACACUGAAGACUCCACAGAGGCCAAAGAAGCAGGCCAAGACAACAGACACAUCGUAGAUGAUGGCAAAUCGCAGAAACUGACCAGAGAGGAUAUUGAAUCACUCAAAGAGCAGGGAAUGAAGGGCCAGGAAAUAAUUCAGCAGCUCAUAAACAACAGUACAACAUUCAGAGAUAAAACUGAAUUUGCUCAGGAGAAAUACAUCAAGAAGAAAAAGAAAAAGUAUGAGAGCAGUAUCGCAGUACUGAAGCCUACCUCCCGUAUCCUGGCAAUGAUGUACCAUGGCCGAGAACCUGGAAAAAUUUGUCACCUGAGAUAUGACACUUUGGCUCAGAUGCUGACUCUGGGGAACAUUCAUGCUGGAAGUAAGAUCAUUGUGUUGGAGACGUGUGCUGGACUCGUCCUUGGUUCUGUUAUGGAGAGAAUGGGAGGCCAUGGCUCAGUGAUCCAGAUGUAUCCAGGUGUUGGACCGGUCAGAGCAGGCAUGGAGAGCUUUGGCUUCCCUUCACACUUCCAUGAUACACUACACGAAUUUCCCUUGUGUAAGGUGAACGCGCUGCUGUCAGGAACACUGAAUGUUGAAGAGAAAGACACCGACUCGGCAAAUAACGGCCAGUCGGACGAACAGCCUGCUGCACGUUGCACAAGCAGCUCUGAGUCACAGAGCAUGGAGGUGAACACAGACCCAGCUGAGGCCAAGAAGAUGGAGGAGAGAGAGAAGCUGCGGGAGCAAAAGGCACAAGAGAAGAGGAUGAGGAUGGAGGAGAAGAGGAAGAGGCUGGCUGCUGCUGCUGCACUGCUAGAAGGACGAAACGCAGACGGGUUAGUGAUUGCCAGCCGCUUCCACCCUUGUCAUGUGCUGCUGGGUUUACUCAGAUUUGUGGCACCAUCCAGACCAUUUGUAGUGUAUUGCCAGUACAGAGAGCCUUUAAUUGAAUGUUACACAAAGCUCAGGGAGCAGGGUGGAGCCAUUAGUCUCAAAUUGACAGAUUCCUGGCUCAGGCAUUACCAGGUGUUGCCCAAUAGAACUCAUCCCAUGCUGUUAAUGAGUGGGGGUGGAGGAUAUCUGCUGUCUGGAAUCACGGUCUCUGCAGAUUCUGCCACAUCAGGAGCACCACAAAAAACUGGCGAGCCAGUUGCCAAGAGGAUCAAGCUAGAUGAGAUUACCAGCUUGAGUAACAGUUCUGCGUAGCCUUUUUAUUUGGUUUAAGUUAUUUUAAUGAGACUAAAUCAAAUUACUCCCUCUCUAUGGAGAAAUGCUAGAUUACAUGCCCAUUUAAGUUGCUAGUCUUUAUUUGUACAUCUUUUACCCUUGUUUUUCUGAGGGCCAGUCUUUCAUCAAGGAGCUUUUUUAAUUUAAUUUAAUUUUUUUUUAAAGCACCAUGAGUGUGAAUCACUGCAGUUUCACCAUCCAUUGUGUAUAUAGUGCUAUAAUAAUCAAUAAAAUGUGACAUUAAUGGAACUGUAGUGUUGUCCU